UGGAGGUAUUCGACGACAGCGGGUUACUCAAUCCUUUCCCUUAUCCCUUGUCUGAAGUAGCAUCAUCUUUUUUUGAGCGUUGCGCAGCAAUGUGCUUUUUCGAACGGAUACAAUUCGAAUGCAGUUCCUGGAAGUGGGGAAGAUUCCGCAAGCAGUGUAAUAAGGAAAACAGUAUUGGCGAAACGUGUGGGCUCAAGCUCGUCUAUUCAACUCGGUUUGAAGCCAGGGAGAUUGUCUAGAUGCAUCGCCGACUCAGCAAGAUAACGGCAGACAUCGAGAGAUGGAAACAGGAAGGAAACCGUCUAGCGACUGUUGAGAAAACAGAAAGGGAAGCAACCGCGCUACGGGACGUGAUCUCGCAGCUCUCGAAAGAGCAUCUCGAGGGACAAUUUGGCGGAUCACCGCCAAGGCGCAGAACCGACCGGAAUAACCACCGACGCACCAGCAACAGGCGCACUUCUUACAUGUCGCCGCUUGACUGAAUGAAGUCCGAGAGACCAUAGGCAGACAUCGAUUCGUUUCCUAGACGACCAGUAUUUCUGGUCCGCCAAAAACAAUUAGAGGUUAUGUUCUCCAAGUCCUAUCCACAGCAGUUAAAGCGGGGUCUGCUGGUUGAGGCUGCUAGGUGAUGUUGGUCGAGCUCGGUCGUCGGCCGCGAUGGCUUCUGUCGCUGCACUUCUCACUGGCCCACUCAGUAUUCCGUGAUGCAUAUGUCGUCCUUCGUGGUGUUUAAGAAGGUUAUUAAGGCUAGCAAUCACGGUACAAAUACAUCAUGAUCAACAGUG